GAAACAUUCAUUUAAUUUCCAUCUUUUUUCUUCAAAAACUGAGGUGAAGCCUGAAACCAAGGCAGAUAAACAGCGGAAAUGGCGGCCAAUGUCCACGGAAAACAAUGUCCCAACAAUGAAUUCAUUGAUAUCAUUACAGAAAAUAGUUACAGAAACAUUGGAAAUCAACAGAAGACAAAACUGGCAUUACGUGCAAAAACUCUCAAGUUAAAAGAGACAGAAGAGACUCGUCUUUCAUUUGGUCAGUUGAAACAUGAAACACACAUGACUAAACUACCACAAGUUGCAAACUCAACCAUCUCAUCUAAUUAGUCCGAACCAAUGGGUGCCAACUUAAAUAGGCCACUGAUAUGAGUGUUGAUAUCUUCAUGGCCAUUGAAUUAAUCAUUCAAUAAUAAAAGCUUCGGCUCCCAUGAUUGCCGCUCCUCUCAUUAACAGGUUUGUUACCAACUGCUUAAGGUUGUAUUUUCCCUAACAGUGUCAUGCAUAAAAUCCUUUCUUGACUAGAGUAUGAAUCAAAUUUCCAGAUGUCACUUCUUAAGCUCAUUAAAGAACUGCAGUUUCUUCUUAUGUGACUGAUUGUAGUAGUAGUGAUAGUAGUACCAUCAACCUCAUCCCUGCUAUGUUGUGGUCUUCAAAAUUGCACUUCAUCUGGUAUUCAGAUUGUUGAAUUAUCAAUACAUGUAUUUAAAUGCUCAUUAUGAAGAGUUAGGCGGAAUGAGGAAGCGGUCCAGCCCAGCUGGUCGCCGACUCACUCUCCCUUACGGCCUUACGGGAGGUCUCGGGUUCGAAACUCAAUGAAGUGAGUUUCAGCCUAGAUUACUCCAGGCUCCCCCAGCCCCCCCUCCCCCAAACGCCCCCUGGAGUAAAAAAAAAAAAAGAGUUAGGUGGAAUUAUUAGAUAGGCAUGAAGGCAUUCUAUGUUCUAACCCUUGGAAUACUAGAUGGAAUAUAAUGGUAUUUUUGUAUAUAGGUAUGGAAAACAACAGUUCAUGAAUGAUGAUCUAAAUAGUCUCAAGGAUUUUUCUAAAAUAUAUCAACACUAUAAACUCAAGCAAAAACGUUCAGUGGCAAAACAUUACACCGUGUGUCCUUCCUGUGGCACACUUCAACAAAGAUUAAUGAGAGAAAUUCCAAAACCCCUGUCAUAUCAUUGACUAAUUUUUGUAAAGAUCAGUUUAUACUAUAAAUUCGUGCAAAAGAUAUAGGAGAGAAAUUUCCAAAAACGUCAUCAUUAUAUCAUAUUUAUGGUGUAGUAUGAAACCAAGAAAAGGCUUGCUUAUUUUCACACAUAUAUUGUUCCAUUUCAUGCAAAUUUGAAAUGUAUCAAUGUAUCAUCAUUGUUCUAGACCCAUUCUUUUUUAAUAGUGGAAAACGGGUAAUGAGAGGAAAUAAAUUGGUAUGAGCAGUAGGUAUUAGUUAUCUCCUGAUUGGAAGGGGAGAUAAAAUGGAAACUGAAAGAAAAUGAAAAGAUAAUGAAGCGGAAGUAUUAUCUCCCCUCACUCUUAUCAUAUACUUUUUAUCUUCCCAAACAUGAGAAGGAAAUGAGAGAAAGAACAGGCUCCCCUUCUCAGCACACAAUACACAUUGAGCCUAACUCCUCACUCUUCUCAACCUACAUCAUACGAUAUACUACCUCCCCUUUCUCACUUAUCUUCCCCCCCUUCCCUCUCUUAUUUCCUUUCACAUGAACGAAACAUAUUCUACAGGGUUUAAUAUCCUCCAAAUAGUGCAUUAUAGGUGGCUGCAGGUGCACAGGAAGCUAGUAGUACCUGGACUACAGCUGACUGCGUGGCCGAGGCAGCUCAGCAGCGAGACUUCAAAAAUGAGAGGGAAAGCUGUUUCCGGGAAAGCCAUAUUUGUACUCUGUGUGGCAACCUUCCUAGCUGGAUCACUGUUCAGUAGCCGGACAUGGAAUCUGCAUCCAGACAUUACAUCAGAUGGCAGAGGUGUCAACCAUGACUGUGACCACAAGCGCAAACUGGUGGAAACAAAUACAAGAGAUGUCAUGGGAGAAGUGAAGAAGACUCAUCUAGCUAUCCAGUCACUUGAGAAAACAAUAUCAGCAUUAGAGAUGGAGCUAGCCGUCUCAAGAAUAAGUAGAGGUGGAAGCAAGACAGCAGCAGAAGGAUCAGAUAGCCUUAAAAAGGCAUUUGUUGUCAUAGGAAUCAACACAGCAUUUAGCAGCAGAAAAAGGCGUGACUCUCUCCGUGAAACAUGGAUGCCUAAAGGGGAUGAGCUGAAGAAACUAGAAAAAGAGAAGGGGAUAAUCUUACGGUUCGUGAUAGGACACAGUGCCACCCCAGGAGGACUUCUUGAUAGAGCAAUUGAUGAUGAGGAAGCUGAAUAUAAAGACUUCCUAAGGCUUAAUCACGUGGAAGGAUAUCACGAGCUCUCCACAAAGACGCGCAUAUAUUUCUCCACUGCUUUCUCCAUCUGGGAUGCAGAGUUCUAUGUGAAGGUUGAUGAUGAUGUACAUCUCAAUCUGGCAACACUAGCCACCACUCUAGCAAGGCACAGGUCAAAGCCUAGAGUCUACAUCGGCUGCAUGAAAUCAGGACCAGUUCUUUCCCGGAAAGGGGUGAAGUAUCACGAACCCGAGUUUUGGAAAUUCGGAGAAGAAGGGAAUAAGUAUUUCAGGCAUGCCACUGGCCAGAUAUAUGCCAUCUCCAAGGACCUUGCUGCCUACAUAUCGAUAAACUCGGGAAUCUUGCAUAGAUAUGCCAAUGAGGAUGUGUCUUUAGGGGCAUGGCUCAUUGGUUUGGAAGUGGAGCAUGUGGACGAAAGAUCAAUGUGUUGUGGUACUUCCCCAGGUAUUAAAAGAAAACUCCAGUACUAUACUGAUUUUUAGCCAUUUAAAAUUUCAAACUAUAACAGAAAAUAAUUAAUAAAUAAAUGAACAAAUAGAUGAAAUGUCAGACUGUGAAUGGAGAGCAAAGGCAGGGAAUGUGUGUGUGGCAUCAUUUGACUGGUCAUGCAGCGGGAUUUGCAAAUCAGUGGAAAGGAUGAAACAGGUGCAUCAUUCAUGCGGGGAAGGUGAAGGAGCAGUUUGGAGUAUUAAUAUGUAAUAAUGAGUUUAAAAUUUAUAGCACUCAUCAUCAAGUAAUACUGAAAGAAAUGAGGGUCAGAUUCUGAGAGGAGGAGCUUAUUAAAUUACAGUUUCAAUAAUGCUUACAUUUCUGUACUUUUUCUUUUUGACAGAAUUUUGAUUUUGUCAUUGGUUCAGAAAAGAAGGUUACCAUCUAGCCUAGUCCAAUAAAUUUAUACUUUGUUAGUGAUGUCUUCACAGCUUAAGACAGAAGAAAGAGUUGGAAUUAAAGAAAAUUAUGACUGUGAGAUUGACUUAGUUCUCCAACAGAGCUUUCUUUGUGACAUAAAACCAAUUGUCUCCUUACAAAUGUUCUUCUUGAAUUGCUACAACUUUAUUCAAAGUAUAUUCUGACAAUAGUAGGAUGAUGAUCAUCAUCAUCAUUACCUCAGUGCUGCAAAGGCUCCCACCUACGGUGGGGUAAGGGUCUGACAAUAGUAGGACAAAUAUAAAAAAUGGUAAAAUGUUUUCUAUAUUCUCAGGGAAUGUAGCACUCCUUCCAUCCCAUAAAAAGAUUCUGCAUCCAUAAUUUUAGACGGCUAUAGACUUCCUGUUAAUCAAACAUGCCGCCGGAUAUGAGCCAUGAACCAUUUAAUAUAAAAAUCAUUGUUUUGAAAAGCGGAAAAUGGCAUUGCCCGGGCGAUACUAAACAUGAAAUGCCACUUAAAAUUCUUGUGCAUCUUCAAAGCAAGAAAGAAGACGACCAGAAUCAAUUUAAGCUUUAUAAUAAUUAAACUGAAAAAGUUGAAAAAGUUAUUAAACAAGAAAAAAUAUGAUAAUACCCAAAUGAGACUCCUAGGGGGAUGGAUUGUAUUUGGAUUGUGAUCGAUACUUUUUUAUCCGUGGACUUUUAAAAAAGUUCAUGAUUAAUUCUUUGAGUUUUAAAUUCAAAGAUUUUUAAGUCAUAGACUUUUAAAAUGAAUGACUUCUAUUGAGUUGAUAAAUGUAUAGACUUUUGUUGCAAAAAUACGUAUAUGAUUAUUGUCAACUCAACGCAACACCCAUUUCCAUUUCCCACCACCAUAUACUGGUGGUGUUGUACGCCUGUGUCUCCAGAAUUGCCUAACCCUUGGCUUGACAUUAUUUAAAUAAGAAUUUAUUAAUCAAACACAUUAGCAAAUAAAAAGUAGUGCGGCAAGAAAAUCAUAAAGUGAUCUCCCCUGUGCAGUUAGCUAGGGUGAAUACGGACAGGCAAGUGAGGAAGCUAUUAAGCUUGGUGGGUUUGCUUAGAGUUUGUGGCAACUAAGGGAAAAUAUGAACAUUUUAUUAAAGGACUGGUUUUCUCAGAAGUUAGAAGCUAGCCAUCUAAUCUUAAAUUCCUAACAAAUAUUUCUAUAGCACCACUAUAUUGGGUGAUAAAUUUCAUUUGGGAGUAAAAUGAUUAUCCUUUUUUCCAACAAAACAGGAUUGCUGCAGAUUUUAUUUAAUGCACAAAGCAUAUACAUAUGUUCAGGAUUUUAUCAAAUAAGAACGGAUAAAGUUGAAAGCCGCAAAAUGAACCACAAAAAGAUGCUCCCUGGAUAAUUCCUCCACUUAACUACCUCAUAACACACAGGAUAAUACUCUUGCUAUGCUAUCCCAUUUGUUCAUUUGAGAGGGGCAAAACAGGCAUUUACAAUUAUUUUGGGUGCUCAUACUAGUUCAGAGCUUUGGGACACUUAACUCUCUAGUUGAAAUAUUGUAAAUACAGGCAAACAGCGCCUCCAAACCCCAGAAAAGAUGAAAUCAUCACUGAGUAAGCAGCAGGAAAAUGGUUCAUAAAUGCGUAAUAUAGAGUAGGUUUAGGAGCAAAGCCACCUGUGCAAAUUCUAAAGCAGUAUAUGUCCAUACGUACUCUAUUGCUAGCAUGACUGCAAAUACAGAUCCCAAAAUGCCCAAUGCAAAUGAGAAUGGCGCAGCAAUCACUAGUGCUCGAGUUUUCAUAUCAUGGAUCAGCAAUUGCUCAAUGAAGCAGAAGUAGCAUAUUGUACUAAUCAAUACAAGUACAAUGAAAUCCUGCCAAGCACUUAUGGGUUGUUGCGAGUUCAUGUUCUGGCAGUUAGGCUGCAUCUGUCUGGCAUAUUGUUGAGAAGUGCUUUGCACCUAAAGCAAUGUAACAGGCAAAUUCAUCACUUCUUGCCUACACACCUCACACGUUUUGUUCCCUUUAAUGCUAAACCACUUGAUUGCACACUCAUCGUGGUUCAUACUCCCAAUAGCUGCAUUUCUUGGAGGCAUAUGAAGACAUAGAUCUGAAUUUCUUGCGGAUGGGCUUGAAUAAAAAACAACUUUUGCUGAAUCUUUCUUGUUGGAAUCAGCCUGCGGUAGUGGUGGUGUAAGAGAAUCUCCAUGUGCAGCUGAAUCGAAGCUUGUGUCUUGCUCUAAG